GGGCAGCCGUUUUUCCAGCUACAGAUAUCUCAGAGAUUCCUUGUCGCGUAUGUGGAGCGAAAUCUUCUGGCUUUCACUUUGGUGCUAUCACUUGUGAAGGAUGCAAGGGUUUCUUUCGGAGAACUAUCAACGAACGAGAAAGUCAGCGAUACACAUGCAGAAAUGGAGGCAAUUGCGCGGUAACCGGAGCGACCCGAAACAAUUGCAAAAGCUGUCGCUAUCGCCGCUGUGUUGCGGUUGGCAUGUCAAAGGACGGGAGUCGCAUUGGUCGACAACCGAAUGCAGUUAAACACCGUUGUGCAAUCGAAAUUGAGCAAAUACGGUCGGCCGUUGCUUCGUGUACAGCAUCCUAUGCAAAAUCUCCGAGUAAAUUCUACCACUCAGGAACGUUUAUGUCCCCUCAACCUAGUGGGUCCAGUGGAAUUGCAGAGCAGUCUAGAUUGUCCGGUGAUCAAUAUGUAUCCACGCAACAACCAUACACCAACACGAGUGCUUCGAUUGCAAACGCCACCUGCUUACGACCCGCCCCACCAAAUUAUUCAGCCUUACUUCGGGAAGGAUCAAGAUUUUUCCAAUCUCCAACUGAAUCACCACUCUAUCUUCAGGCAAGAACGAACCUGGUGUCGGAUAUAUGCCCAUCCACACCCCAUUCUGAUAUGGCACCUUCCUCUAUUUUGGAGUCAAUAAACUCCUACUCAUCUCAGGCUGAUAUCGAUCUGACUGGAAUAAGGGAGCUGACACCGUACAAAAGUUGCCACUCAAGUACUUUUGAAACGCCUGCGAAACACAACCAAACUGGUUAUGUUGAUCACGCAGAAUUGUUGUGCUCAGGUCAACAAACAACCCAAGACUAUCGAAGAGGAUUUAGCAAUUCAAAAGCAAACCAGUCCAUUAUGGAGACCCAUCAGCAUUUACAUCUUUUCCCUCAGGAGGGGAUACUGUGCGACUCACACAUUCAGGCUAUUAGGGAAUAUGGAGAACAAACCCCAUCAGUAAGUCUACUACAGUUAUCACAAGCAGCACAGCUAUGCAGUGAGCGUGAGCGUGAGCGUCAAAUAGUAUCAGGUGACAAAACGAAUAGGUCAAAUAUGACGGACUAUUCUCAAACGGUAUUCCAAUCAAACUCACCUACUGGUCACUUGGCUGACGAGCCACCACACCACGGAAGUGGCCAUUACCUAUCUCGUGCACAUCAGCCUUUAUCAACGAUGCAAACGGAAAAUUUUGACGAAGGAAUGAAGCCUGAAGAACAGACAGCUGUUUCCGUGGCGAACGAUUUGUGGCAUACAAUCGAGUGGGGAGUAGCUACAAAUAAAAUUCAAACAAUGGACAGAUACCAAUACACGAAAACCCCUCUAGAAGAUCAUUCAUCUAUAAAUCAAGACGUCACCUGUGAACUUAAAGAUGAUCCUAGCCUAAAGGAUAUAGGAUGUUCUGAGAAUAGACCACGCGUAGGCGGUCAGUGUUCAGCUGGGCGCGCUCCACCAGCUAAUUGCACGUCUCUAAAAGUUGAGCCAGCUGAGGAUGACAGGUACAUUUGGCGAGGGUUGGACGACGAAGGUGCUCAUACGGCAGUUAACUCUUCUCCCUUGAGUUACCUUGAUAAAAGGUCCACUUAUGAAGAGUUUCAUGAAGGACUGGCUACCCUUACCUCAAAAGCAGCGUACACCCUAGAUCCUGUGAGGCUUGAGAUGGAAGACCAGACAAAAACUCCCUCCUCUUCUUCGAUAGCAGACCACGAAGAGCGCCUCGUGAUUGUUGAUCAGAUUGAUGUUAAUCAUGAUACUCGACCUUCAUCAUUUACCGUGCCGCACAGUUUGAAAUCAGAGCGAAGUCCCCUGAAUCCACAGCUAUCUCCACAUCCAAAACAGUCUAGUUCUGCAAACGUCUGUCCAGAGUUUCUGGACAGACGACAGUUCCAAACAGAUAAAUCCAAUGCAUUUCUCAGCCUUCGAUCAACCACCUCAGGACAGGCAUAUAUUUCACCCUCAAAGGCGUUCCUCAACCGAUAUACCUCCACAUUUCAUGCAAGUGAUUUUGGUGACACUGAUUCUUUGAUCCAGUCUACAGCUCAAUACAAGCCACAGCUUGAACUACACAAACUCAAUAAUCUAUCGGAUACCAGAAAAGUUGUCUCACAUCUUUCAGAACGAUCACCUGAAAUGAUUGCUCAUAGAUUGCCAACCGUCAACUCAGAGGGAAGGCCGUUUGUAUCGGAAGUCCCAUUUAUGGACGAAUCCAAACGCAGUACAAUUAGAAAACGCAAGAUCACGGAGGAGCAAACUGGGUGGUUGCAUGCAACUUCAAAUGCAAUGAAAGCAUCUUCUGAACCCACUACAGGGCUAACCGAUCUGUGCUCUAUUGGUGAAUUCUACGAACAGGGCUUUAGCAGCUUCGAAGUGGCACCAAUAUUGACCACUGACAUUGUUUGGUCACACAUGAUGGAGCAUUUCGAAGCACAUGCUCAUCAAGUUAUCCAGUUUGCGCGCGCAGUGCCCGGAUUCCGUGAAUUACCAAGUGUAGUCAUGAAGAAGUUAGUUCAAGAGGGAAUGUAUCCGAUCACGGUGAUUCAACUGUCCAAGGACUUUCAGCCAUCAACCAUGGAAUACAAUUACUUCAACUUCACUGCACAGGAGCGCGAAAUCAUUUUGCGUCACUUUCCGGAUUUUCUGCCAGUCGCCGACCAGCUGCGUGUUGCAGGGACAGUUUUGCAUCCAUUUAACUUGGAUGAAACAGAAACUGCUCUUCUAUGCUGCAUUCAGUUGUUUCAUGGAGGUGGUGAGCGAUUUGGUGAAACAUCGAAGGUUGAAACAAUGUACCAGCGAACUGUCUCGGCUCUCAGGACCUACGAGGAGACCCGUCAAAUGGCCGAAGUAAGGACGCAGAAUAUCCUUGCCGUGACGUCCCUUCUCACCGAUAUGAACCAAGAGCACAGGGCCAUCGUGAAAACCCUUAAACGUGAUCGACCUUCACUAAAAUUCCCAGACCUCUAUGUGCAAAUGUUCGAACUCGACAACCAAGACCCGUUCGACAGUCGGGAUGCUGAUCAUCUGCUGUUGGUCGCAGAACCGAACGAGAGAUCGACAAUCCACCCACAGAACUGA